AUGGCUAGACCGUCCCCAUACGGGCCCUACGGUGGGCACCACCCUCACCACCCGGUCAAAGAAAUGGUCAAGCCACCGUAUUCAUACAUUGCUUUGAUCGCCAUGGCGAUCCAGUCGGCCCCGGACAGAAAGAUCACUCUCAAUGGUAUUUACCAGUUCAUCAUGGAGAAGUUUCCCUUCUAUAGGGAGAACAAACAAGGCUGGCAGAACUCAAUACGCCACAACUUGAGCUUAAACGAGUGUUUCGUCAAGAUUCCAAGGGAUGACAAGAAGCCAGGAAAGGGAAGCUACUGGACUCUUCACCCGGAGAGCUACAACAUGUUCGACAAUGGGAGUUACCUCCGGCGAAGACGUCGAUUUAAGAGGAGUCCAGCGGAGAAAGAAAAGGAGGAGAGGUUAAAGCGCUUGGAUGAGAAUAAGGAAGGGAUAAAGGAAGGUCUAGAGGAAGGGGAGAUACAACAUAACAGUUCAAGGGGCGACUCUGGUUCCAUGUCAAAUGGAAACGCUAGUAAUACUUCCGGGUCGAUGUCAGAUUCUGAGACUCCAGUGAAGUUAGAGAAGGACUCGUUGCGUCAUCGGAAUUCAAUGUCUCCUGGGGAACUGACCAGAAGCACGAAGGUCGAACCAUCUGACCCUCCUCAGUCAGAGUGUAUAGGAGGAGGAGGUCUAGUUGAUCAUCAUCAUCAUCAUCCAAUGGUUGAUAGGAUGGGCGGAGCCAGACUCCUUUCUCACCACUCCUCCCAUCUCUCGCACAAUCAGCUUCAAGGCCAUGGGCUGAGUCUUCAAGGACAAGGGUUAUGUGGAGUAUCAAGCAGUUCCUUGUCCCUGCCUCCCGAUCCUAUGUCACCAAUAGAAUCAUCAGUCAGCAACUUUUCAGUAGAAAACUUUCUAUCACCGUCACAUCUGGCUAACGGAGCCGACAUGGGAGCUACGUCUAGCACUCCCCUCUCAUCUCGACCCCCACCGUUGAUUUCCCCACACCUUCUGUCCUACUCCCGCUCUUCGGAGCUCUACCGGCCCAGCACUGCCUGCAGCCAAGCAGCUUCACCCCCUGCCACCAGCUAUAACUACCACUGCGGCAACGGAUCAGCCUCGUCUAGCUCUGGCUACCCAUCUGCCAGCACGCCGCAUAUCCCAGCAGGCCAUAGUCAGCAACCCAGUAACGGAUUAUCCAGGCAUCACCAUCACGGAGUGAUGAACAUGUCCACAAACAACCCAACCAGCAGCAGCGCUAACGGAGGCGGCAGUCACGGCUGCGCGGAUGACAACACAGGAAGCCCGCUUGCCAACUCUCAUAGCCAUGGAGGACAUACGAGCCAUUUAUCGCCACACUCUUCCUCCCUCCACCAAGCCAACGGCCUAAGUUCCAGCGUCUUUUCCUCCAUGUCGCAACAUAAGGACUUUGGCUACCCACGAGCCAGUAGCUGGUACAUGAACCCAGCUGCCUCCACCGAUUUAAAUCCGGCACCUUCAGACUUUAGCUCAUUUCCUGGGAUGAGCAUGCGAGACAUGUUCCAAAACUCAGCUAGUUGUCAGUUAGCGGCUUUCAGAGCUCCGUCUUAUAAAACAUCAUCAUCUUACUAUGACUGUACCAAAUAUUGA